AUGAAUACCAAGCACCAGUUUUACGGUGGUACAACGCCGUUCCGUUUGGCAUGUAUGAGUCCCGCUCACAACAUUGAAGUGGUUAGAUGCAUGAUUCAAGCCGGUGCUGAUAUAAAUUUGGCAAAUCACUUAGGUUAUGCUCCUUUACAUUUCGCAGUAAUUCAACGGAAACGUUUAGUUGUCAAAGAAUUGAUUGAGCAUGGUGCUUUAAUCAAUGCUCAGAAUUAUCUUGGAAUGUCAGCCCUGCAUUUCGCAGUCUCCGAUUACACAUUGACUGGAACGUCAAUUCAAGAUCAUAAACAUCUUGAUUUGUGGAUUGUCAAAGAACUAUUAAAGCAUGAAUAUAUAGAUCACGAUAUAUUAAAUUCAAAUGGAGUCACCCCACUAAUUUUUUCCGGCAAAGGUUAUCAUGUGGAAUGUGCAGAUCAGUUGUUACAUUCAGAAGCAAAUCCAAACAUAUGGAAUAAGGAUUUCAAAAUUUCUUUACAUGUGACGUUGACCCAUCCGCCAAGUUCUAUUGAGGUUGGAGUUCUGCACAAUGGUGCCAAUAUUUAUGCAGUGGAUGGACAUGGCAAUGUUCCUUUAGAUAUUUUAAUGAAUAUUACCUAG